ACGACCUUGGGUGGUUAGCCCAGCUGGCAAUUUCACAACAUAAAGAAAGUCAUCCGCUCGUCACCAGAAGAAGUUCCUGGGAAGUGAGAGGUGAGCUAAAACGGGAAAUAGCUGGGAAAACGCGUGAAAACUAAUCCGCAAAAGCAGAAUGUCGUCCCCGUGGAAGGUUGUGGAGGCUCCAGAAGUCAGUUUUGCUGACAUAAUGUCCGAGGAGCUCGCCAGGGAUUUGCAGGAUCGUGAGAAUGAGAAGUACGGAAGGCAGCUCUUUGAGGAGUUAUCCGCAAAGAAGGAACCCGACCCAGGUGAUCCAGGAGCCGUUGGUGGCAUCCCUGAUGAAGUGCUGAAGGCCCUUGCUGAGGAGACUUCCGCCGUGGGUAAUCUGUGUGAUUCAGACGCAAUAAUUGCCCAAGUGCUCCAGGCACAAUUUGACCAGGAAUACGAUGCAGAAGUGAAGAAAGUGGAGGAGCAUGAGAAUGCCCAUAAAAAUGUGAAAGUUUCCUACAAAAACUUCCGCAUUGUCCCGGAAGAGCUGACGUGGUCAAGUGAGGAUGAGGAGGAAGAUGAGGGCAGGAAGAAGAAGGAUUGGGAUAGAUUUGAGGCAAUGGAAAAGGAAUAUGGGAGCUUCCCAAAGUGUGGCUAUAAGCAAGAUGAGGAGGGGCGUACUGUGACGAAGCACAAUGCAAGGAUGACGGGAAUACGCAAUGCCUGCCGUGUGAUGUCUUUCCCCCCGGAAUUCCCCACGGGAGAUGGAGCGGGAUUCGAUAUGCAGCUGUCAAAUGAAGUUUUCAAUCACCUCAAGAGCUACAGCCGGAAGGGGAAGCGCAAUAAGAUGCACGACAGGAAGGAGGAAGCAGCCACAGCGGAAAUGGGCUUGGAUGAACCAACGAGGUAUAUUCUGUACAAGUUUGUUGCAAAUCAGCUGCUGGAGCGCAUCAAUGGGAUCGUCUCCACGGGCAAGGAAGCCCUCAUCCUCCAUGCUGAGAGUGAUACGAAUGUGGAGGAUGUUGUGGUACCUCCGGAAUGCGCUAUAAAGAUCUUCAAGACAACACUGAAUGAAUUCAAGCAGCGUGAUCGCUACAUAAAGGAUGACUUCCGCUUCCGAGAUCGUUUCUCGAAGCAAAAUCACCGGACAGUGAUCAAUCAGUGGGCUGAGAAGGAGAUGCACAAUCUCAUGCGAAUGCAGCGUGCUGAGAUCCCUUGUCCGGAUGUGGUGCGACUGAAGAAGCACAUCCUCGUGAUGUCAUUCAUCGGGAAGGAUGGGAGGGCAGCUCCGAAGCUCAAGGAUGCCAAUUUGAGUGAGGCAGAGUGGAUUAUUGCCUAUGAGGAGGUUGUGGAUGCCAUGAAGCGUCUCUUCAGUCAAGCUAAGCUUGUCCAUGCAGAUCUCUCGGAGUACAACAUCCUCUAUCACGACAAUAAGUGCUGGUUCAUCGAUGUGGCUCAAUCCGUGGAACCAGGACAUCCCAGUGCUCUGGAAUUCCUCAUGCGCGACUGCAGCAACAUCAGUGACUUCUUCGACAGGCGCGGUGUUCCCGGUGUGUCCACAAAGGAUGAACUCUUUGCCUCCAUCACUGGGCUCGAUUCCAACGUGCACAAUGCAGCAAUGCUCGAGAGGCUCCACAAUAAGGGGGUACCCGUACACGUGGCCACCAAUCAGGCUGCUCACGGAGAGGAAGAAGUGGGAACGUCAAAGCGUUGGGAGCAUAAAUCACUGCCGUAUCCCUUUGACUACGCCUGGGAGAAAUCUCUCGAGGCAAAACGACAGGAAGCUCCUCUUCCUGCACAAAUUGAUCCCAUUGCUUUGCAGAAGGAGGAUGAAGUCACUGCCCAGGCUUAAAUCUGGGACCGUUGAUGCUCUGUAGAGGGAUACCUGAAUGCAUUAAAAUCCUCAAGAAUUUUC